AUGGCGAUCAAGACCCUCGGAGCCAAAGCUGCUGCUGCUCUUGAUCAGGAGCUCAUGAGUACGGGAGCGUUCUCUAUUGAUCAGCUCAUGGAGCUCGCUGGACUUGCUGUUUCUCAAGCUGUCUACCGCCUCCAGCCUCUCGAGAGCGGCCGUAGGAUCCUUGUUGCCUGUGGACCUGGAAAUAAUGGUUGGUGUUUUCUGCUCACCUGCUUAUACCAAGAAUGCUCACUCACAACAUCAGGUGGUGACGGACUUGUCGCUGCUCGUCAUCUUCGUCAGUAUGGCUACAGCCCGAGCGUCUUCUAUCCCAAACGAAGCAAGAAUGAUCUCUACCAGCGACUCGCAAAACAACUUGAAGACCUUGAGGUCCCUUUCGUCGAUGACUUCUCCUCGGCGCUGAACUCGGCGGAUCAUGUUGUCGACGCGAUCUUCGGUUUCAGCUUUUCAGGAGAAGUUCGAGAACCAUUUCCUGCCGUGAUUCAAGCUCUUCAGGACACGAAGCUGCCGGUCACAGCAGUUGAUGCUCCUUCAUCCUGGGAUAUCGAAGAUGGUCCACCGAAGUCGGGACUCGGCAGUUCCUUUAUGCCUACAGCACUUAUUAGCCUUACGGCACCAAAGCCACUAGUGAAGCAUUUCAAAGGUCGACACUUUAUUGGCGGGCGGUUUGUAAGUCCAUCCAUCGCAAAGAAAUAUGACUUCGAGGUCCCAGAGUACAAAGGAGUCGAUCAAGUCGUGGAGGUUGAAGUAGCUGGACAGAAGCUCUGAGAGAAAUUGUUGGAAUGAUGGCGGAUCGGAAAGAGGAAGUAUGCAGUAACUACCCUUUGUUCGAGAUUUUGAAUACAUAACAGGCGUUUACAUGACCCGACAGCCUCCUCUCAGACUAUUCGGACAAACUGGGCUUGGACACUGUCCGUCACGCAUACCAUUCCGAAGGAAAAGCAGGCCUUGUGGGCAUACAAGCAAUGGCGGAUGGAAGAAGUGACAGAAUUCAACAUAAACCAGAUAAUCUUUCCCGCAGACGUGGCAUGCAGCCGAAUGCUGCGUGCACAUUUAUCGUGAACUCGAGCUUGUUCUUAAAGUUCGAGUGGGUGAUGAUUGAAGUCGACAAUUGAGAAGGGGGAGGCUCGCACGAACGACAUGGACAACGACGUUGAAACGUUGGAGAUGGCGCAUGAAUGAGUAAGUAGGGACAAGUUGACAAUUACCACAGACAAAAGAUACUGGUGAUCAAUUCUCAGGAGUCGUUGCAAAAUAACUUUCUGGCAGUAACCGGAUAGGGCUGAUAUAAAGAGUGUGGCGUCGAAACAAACGUGCCGUCUAAGAAAGUACAGUACUGUGAAGACGUGGUUGCCACCGAGGCCCAGUGUGUCCGGUAUAUCCAGGGGGGCUUCAGGGGGUUACAGGUACCCAACCGGAGCUUAAAAAGGCGAAAAGACGAGUCCACGCCAGGUUGGUUGUCUCGACCCCGGGCGACGUUACCUGGAGGGCUCGUGGCAAAAGAGGGACAUGGUGACGAGCGGAUGGUACCGCACGAAAUAGAAAAGGGAACAAGAGCAUGCGACCACGAGGCAUUUUGAAGAAGGAGAUAUUAUAAUCCUGUGCGUCC